AUGCGUCGCUUCUCUCGUCGACUGCCUCAAGUUGUCGUCUUUUUCCUCAUACUCUCGCCGGCCCCAACCACAGCGCCGAACGAGUCCAGCAACACUUUAGGAAGGGAUGAUGUCCCCCCCGAUGCCACCGACGUCCCCCCCGAUGUGAGCGCCGUUCCCCCCGAUGCCAGCGCCGUCCCCCCCGAUGUGAGCGCCGUUCCCCCCGAUGCCAGCGCCGUCCCCCCCGAUGCCAGCGUCGUCCCCCCCGAUGCCGUCGACGUCCCCCCCGAUGCCAGCGCCGUCCCCCCCGAUGCCGUCGACGUCCCCCCCGAUCCCACCGACGUCCCCCCAGAUGCGAGCGACGUCCCCGCGGAUGCGAGCGUGGGUGGCAGCUUGGACGAGGAGGGGUACAUGGAGGCGACACCGGAGGUGAAGCAGCUGGUGGCGCGGCUGGAGCGGGUGGCGGGGACCAUCAAGAACCCCUGGGAGGUCCUCAUGCACCUCGACCAACUCUUCGCCGCUGACGCGCCCACCGCAACCCUGAGCGCCGCCACUCCCUCUGGCGCCGUGGGAGCAGCGAGCUCGAAGGUGUCGCCUCUGGCGACUGGCCCGUGCCCUGCGACCAAAGCGCAGAUGCUCAAGGAGGUGUCGCGGCUGGCGUGGAGGCUCCACUUCCGCCCCGUCAAGUACACCAUCAUGGGGCGCUUCUUCAGGAAGAUCGCCAUCAACGCCAAGAAGUACAACAGUGACCUGAGGUACCUGGGGUGCCGCACGUACCUGAUACCGUCCAACUUUGCGUUCAUGAGCAUGAUCGCCAAAAGCAUGAACAACGCCACGUACCUGCUGCUGGCGCCGCUCUACAACACCAUCAACGCCACGUACCACUUCAACAAGCUGCGGCGCAUGCGGCACGGCGCCACCAUGCCCACGCUCAUCCCCGGGUACCCCAUCGCCAAGUACUUCACGCCCGUCACCCCCCUCGCACUCCUCACCUUGGGCGGCUCCAUCGUCGCUGUCGGCACGCCCGGCGCCAAGACGGUAAUGGCACGCCUUGGGUGGGCGCAGAUUAAGGACCGUGAUCUUCACUGUGGGAAGUACAUGGCAGCACACGGCGUGAGCACCCUGGUCUAUCCGCGCAUUAAGAUCCCCAAGUGA